AUGCCGAGGCAAAUUAAUACUGAUAGCACACCGGUGAGGGACCUGCGUACUUCUACUUAUCAGACUGAGUCGAGUGGGUAUAUCAAUCUCCGUAGAGGUGCUUCUUGCGCUCAAUCUCCAGACGAUAAUAAAAUAGAGGGUUCCUUGUCUCCCCUAACCGUUAGACAGAUAUUUGCUGAAGAGUUUUCAAAAAUUAAACAUGAACUAACCUCAACUUUUAUGGAUAGACUGUCUUCUGAAUUAAAAGAGUUAAGAGAGGAGUUUUGCAGUUUGAAAGACUCCGUAACCUUCAUUAACAACAAAUACGAUGAAAUCAGUAUAAAGCUUAACAAACUCGAAUCUAAUAUUAAACAAUUGUCAUCGGUUAAUUUAGAGGUACAAUCGACUAGGUCUGAGGUUGAGAAAUUGAAGGUUGCAUGCGACAUUCGAGAUCAAUGGGACAGACGGUCCAACAUUGAAAUAUUUGGUAUUCCGGAGAAAAAAGGUGAAAAUCUGAUAACACUGUUGAGGGAUAUUACGGAAAAGGCUUCUUUUCACUUGGAUCCCUCUAAAGAUAUAGACUUUGUUACUAGAGUAUCAUCUAAGAAUAAAGACAAAAGUAUGACGAAACCAAUAAUUGCACGCUUCAUAAGUAGAUAUAGAAAAGACGAUUGUCUAGCACAAUUGCGAAAGCUAAAGAUUACAGCAAUGGAUUUAGGUUUUGCAUCCGGAAAAGUACCUAUUCAUUUCAAUGAUCACCUUACUAGUAACAACAAGGCUCUUUUGAAGCGUGCUAAAUCUAUUGCCAAAGAAAAACAUUAUAAGUAUGUAUGGGUUCGGAAUUGUUCUAUAAUGGCUAGACAUACGGAUACCAGUCAUAUUAUUCAUAUCAAUAACGAAAAAGAUUUAAACAAGCUUUAA